AAUUAAGCUCGAGUUCUAGUCAACUUGGGUCUGGGGAACAAGAGGCCGCACCCGCGUCUGGAUCCUGCUUGGGCGCAUCCUGGUCUGUCACAGUAAACUUAAGCAGCUUAGUGGCCAAAUAGACAUCACGGCUGAGCUGGCCGUGGCAAGCAAUUAGGGAACAGCGCAGCAACAGUUCACGUACAGUUUGGUUCGUCCGUCCCUGCGCAUCACGUCGAACCCUUCUCAUCCUCCAGCCCGUGGAUUUCACGGCGAGACCUGAACAUGAUCCUCUCUACGACAAUAGCCCGCCUAGACGGGCUGAUACUGGUCGCCACCAUGGACGAUAAAGAGGACGAGAUCGAGCUUGGAGACACGAAGAACAAAGCGCGACAGCUGUUCCGACGACUUGAUCGCAAUUCGGCGCAGGAAGCAUGCAUUGAGAGCUCCAAGUUCAACAUAUUCUACAUCAUCAACACCGACCUCGUCUUCUACUGCAUAUGCGAGUCCUCGUAUCCGCGCAAGCUCGCCUUCACGUACCUGUCCGACCUGUGCCAGGAGUUCACCACGACGUACCCGGCGCAGCAGUUCCUGUCGCCGACCACGCGGCCGUACGCGUUCAUCGAGUUCGACUCGUUCAUCCAGAAGACGCGCAAGACGUACCAGGACGCGCGCGCGAGCGUCAACCUGGACAAGCUCAACGACGAGCUGCGCGACGUGAGCAAAAUCAUGAACAAGAACAUCGAGGACCUGCUCUACCGCGGCGACAGCCUCGACAAGAUGGGCGACAUGAGCUCGCGACUCAGGGACGACUCGCUGAAGUACCGCAAAGCCGCCGUGCGCAUGAACUGGGAGCUUCUCCUCAAGCAGUACGGGCCCUUUGCCGCGGUCGGCUUCAUCAUCCUGUUCUUCCUGUGGUGGCGUUGGUUCUGACCGCGCGCCGUCGGCCGAAACACCCGUCCAAACUAGAUUAGCAUCGAGCGAUUGGCGUCAAUUAAUUUAAUUUUUCUUCUUUCUGGAUGAAACAGGGCGAGUACCGUUGCGGCGGCGUGGUGAAAUCGUGCGACGAACCGAAUGUGCAGAAUUGGGCCCAACCGUCACAACCGUCUUGUACGCGUUACUGCUGCAACUGCUGCUGUGCGCGGCGCGACGCACGGCAAUACAUAGUGGUUUUCUGUCUUAAUACCUGACUACGGCUCGAAGAAGCAUAUAAACCAGCUCGGCGCUGUCCGCCCUUGGGGGAAAAAAAAAGAAGACAAAACAACAAAAUGAACGCGCUUCCAUGCAC